AUGGCAAUCGACAUGAAACUCGAGAAUGUCCUCGAAAUGAACCCAGGCGAAGCUCCUGUAUUGUGCUUUGGAACAACUCUCACCAAUGCUCAAUGUUCAGUUCCCAUUAGCACUAGAUGGAGAGCGCACGAAGCAAGAAUUUCCUACCUAUUGCGUAAAACGAAGUGGCAACAUGAAAGAGCGCGCAGGAGUUCUACUUCCCAGUCGUCUCAUUCCUCGUCUGAUGUUAUUCGCGACGAGGUGCUCGAGGAAUUAGCGAGUUUCAUGCUUUGUUUCAGGCACAAUGAAAAGCAAGGACCAAAAAUUGUGAAGAAAUGGAGAAGAGAAAUUGAAUUACGGCUCGAAAAAUCAUCGAGAUCGCCGGCGUUAUCCAUGAGUCAGGGGACUCUCAGUUCUAGCGUACACUUACGAGAAAGACUUUCGAAUCCGGUUCCAAUUCUGCAACGAAUGUCAGCACGAAUUGAAGCGCGAUAUUCUCGCCAGGAAAGAGUCACUUUGACAGGGGCGUCUUCAGUGAAAACGACCAUUUUGAGUUCUCGUCGACAUCAAACUGCGCGGAAUUCCUCGGCGGAUCAUCAAGUGUCUUCUAGGACUAGACAGACCCAAAAAGAAGCCUCAGUGACUAACUGCCUCACUGCGAAUAGCAAACGGGCUACAACGACGGCUCUUACUCGGAAACCUAUCAGCAAUAAAAAGCAGAAGAAAGAACUGCACCCAAAGAAAACACCCGAGGAAAAGAAAGAGGAAAAGAGGACGAUCGGCUCACGCUUGCCUAUCAAACCUGGAGAUGAGUGCUCCAUAUGCUUCGAGACACUGCUGAAAAGGCGGCGUGGUCGAACGGUUGAAAAUGGGAGCUUGGCCUGGUGCCAAAACGAAUGUGGAAGUAAUUAUCAUCAGGCAUGUAUCUCGAAAUGGAUCGAUCAUAGCUCAAGACAAUUGGUGAUAACUGAGGAUGGGUAUCAAUUUGGCAAUACUAGUAUCGGAGUUAUGACUUUGGGGAUGAUGACCAAAGAAGUAGCAAGAUGCCCAUCGUGUCGCGCGAUCUGGGUGUCUAAAUAG